AAAACACCCCCCAACCAUCGCCUCCCAAACAUCUUCGAAGUAGAACUUAAGUAAAACUAUUGAGCAGCUUUUCUAAUAAUUUUGAGCAAGGACGACAAACAAAAACCUCCUACAGGACAGCUUUUCAUCUGAAGAGCAGCAGCGUCCAGUUGUACUCGUGCUUGCGCGUGCUACCACUCUUAGUUACCCACUAUAUUUUUUUAUUCAAAACAACGAACUACUACUUACAUGCACUGAAGGUGUUGAAGAACUCACGAAAAUUCAUCCACGACCCAUUUUCUCCUUGCAUAGACCACUUUUACAAGGAGGGACCGAUGCAAUAGCAUUGAAAGGGCAUUUUACUUACUAUUUCUCUGUAGACGAGUUGUUGUCUUCAACUUGUUUUAAGUAUCGCCUCCUCAAUUGUUCUUUCGGUACUUAUUGGUAAAGGAACCACAGGUAAAAGCACGCCUUCCUAGUAGCGCAGACGCCUUCAACUUCUACAUUCUUACAUCCGCACAACUUGUUAUAACAUCAUGGAGCUGCACCAGCAGGAGCGCUUGGCGUCGUUGUUGGUAAAAAAGUCCCCUCGUCGUACUCCGCGAGCGGGCCGUGUACUACUGCAUCUUUCGCCGCGCCACAUGAAGAAGGCAACGUGCACGAUGAAGAAAGUUAUGAUUUCCGCCGUGCUUCUUUGUGGCCAAGAGCUUCUUACUGCGCCGCUGUGCUGCGUUGCCUUCACUCUGAACAAGCUGCGCCCGCAGGCCGCGUCGUCCUUAUCACCAUGCACAACUCGUCCCCCUCGUUCUCACUUCUCAUCGAAAAAAUUUACAACUCGUCCAGUCGAUACUCUCUUGUGUCAGUAUUAAUUAUGCAUGACAAAAUCCUGAAGCUGCUACCCAAAGCACAGCACUUGUACUACACUUUACGCAGGAACAAGAACUUGUCGUGCUCAUGCUCCACAUGGGGAGCUGUUUGUAUUGCUGCUCAUGCAAUACAAAUGUGGAGGAGGGGGAGUCACGCACUCUCAUAGUUCUCCUUUUCUCCUGAAGAAGCGGAGAAGCUGCGUCGUUGCAAGCAGCACGCUAUGGCUUGCUCAGAUGUUACAAUGAUCUCAACUGAUGUUACUUACAAUAGAAUUUUCUGGAAGAUUUUGUGGUCUUGCUCUUGCAUGAGCGCCAGCAUGAGUAGCAUGCAAAGCUUUGCUGCUCUUUUCGCAAUACAAAUUUCGCCGGAUUGAUAUUCUUCUAGUGGAGUGCGGGGUUUGGGGCCCCAGAACUCGUCAUGCGUAUAAUUCGUGAAGGACUAGGAGAAGGCCAGAUGUUGCACGUUUCGCAACAUCACACAACGCAGACUCUAUAUGUGCUAACGGAUGAUGAGAUUGUAACACCUGACCAGGUAUCCUGUGCAAAAGUAUCGCAUUCGUAUAAAUGCAAGUCUUGCGUUACAAAUAUUUCUGUUAAGGUGCAUCAGCAUGACAAAUUUUAUUUCUCAUGCUGAGAAAAUUUGUAAUGCAUUUAUAGGAGUACGAUACUUUUGCAGUUCAUACCAGGUUAUAUACACUGACACGAAACGAUUGGAGUGUCACGCGGAUGCAUACGUAUCAAAUGCAAGUUUUUCUGCUGGGUGUGGAAGGUUGCAUGUUGUGAUGCAGCUUCUGGAACAGGCAAAAGUCUGUGUUGCGUGGUCAGCAAAUAAACAUGCAGACGUCAGAUUCAGUACAGGGCGCUUAUUUCUCAUGCAGAAUAGGCAUGGAGAGACGACGUCGGGAGAAUUUCUCAUGCUUUGCCUGCAAUCCAGAUUGUUUACGUGGUUUUUCGGAUGCAAAAACUGCAAAGUAAGUAAAUGGCUGCAUGCUUCCAGACCCAGACAUAAUAUUUGCAGUUGAUAAUAGGGAUCAUUUGACAAUGUAGUCGACGAUAAGUCUGUUAUGAGAGAAAUGCAGCACAACUCGUGGUCCUCUUGUGCUUGUUCCCUCUAUUUCUUUGUAGAGGCAACAUGAUGUUGGGCAGAAAGAGCAAGACUAUCAGCAAGCUCACAUCAAAUGAAGCAACCCCCGCCGCGUGAGAAUAAUUAGAUCCAGCCACCCAUUCUUGCUAAGUACUGUUUGGCGUGUCGAAAUUUUUCACGCACGCAGUGCUUGUUUGAUACAAUAAAAUAAAUAGAUACCAUCUAACGAGUUGAGUAAAGGGGUUCUUCUUCACCACGAGUAGUUCUGCACUUCGAUAUCCGUGAACGCGAAGGUAAGCGAAAUCUAUGCCGCGGUGAAACUAAUCGAGCAAAUCGAUAAGAUCCACGAGCAAGAGCAGCAGACCGGCGCUGGAGCAGGGGCUCCUGUUGCGGGUCCGGGCCGCGGGGCGGACGCGCCGCCAGCGGUUGCGGGAGUGCAACGAGCGGAAGAAGUACAGCAGGACGAGCCAGGCGCAGUCUCACAGGCCAUGCGUGACGGAGUGGCGGUGGACAAUACAGGAAGGCCUGUGGGUAACUACCUGAACCUGUGGCAACAUUUGGGCGACGCGCUGGUCCAGGGACUACCGAAUGCCGUGCAACUCGUGAAAGCAGCCAGACGCUGCGUGCUCCCACGCAAGCAGUUCGUGGAGGAGAAUUGUGCGACAUAUGUGAGGUAUCCAACAGCUACGCACCGGUAUGCGGACACAGAAUUCGUGAAGACCUGGGGCGCAUUGGAAGACGCGCACGCGGUUAUUCAUAAUAUGGAACAGCUGUACACUAUCCCACGAACAAAAUGUUGAAGGAGGUGCAACAGUUAGUACACAUUUGCCGUGCUUAAUAUCACUGCGGUAUCACAUUAAAGCUCCAGUCUGCAGGCUGAUGGCAGAGAAAAGAAACUUGCAAAAAUGCAGCCGAGAUCAUAAGUAAUUCAUAUCGAUAAGAGGCAACAGCACCAGCAGGUACGAAACCAGGCUUCACUUCUGAAAAUUAAUCUGGCAUGACCACAGAGCCUGUCCGUCCUGCUCAACCUGCAAGAGCUACGCAAUGUGUAAUAUUAGCUGCAUUUAACAACUUUGCUCUACUUUCAUAGACAUUGGGACUGCGGUACUCUCUGCGAAGCAAGAGUACCUGCGAAGCGCAAUCAAAGCAGGAAACAGGCACGCAAAAAAGCGGCAACAGAAGGAGCUUAAACAGAAAGAGGCCGAGGCCGAGGCAUGGGCCCAGGAACAGGAGGAGACUAGGAAGAAGCUCGAGCAGGAUGCUAUGACCCGCUCAGACGUUUUUACAAUCUCAACUGUUGCAAUAGAAGCUGGAAAUCGCAUGACAAGUUUCAUCGGAGUCCCAAACCCACGUGAAAUCCGGCAAAAUUUGUAGUGUGAAAAGCUCAAUUCUCUCUGUGUUCCUCAUGCUCUUCAUGCAAUACAAAUUCCAGAAGAUUCUAUUGUAACGCUUGAGAUUGUCACGUUUGAGGAGACCAUAGAUGCCUUUGAGCUGGAGCAAGAAAAAAUCAGCAACGCACGCACGGAGAUUUUGGAGAAGCUCAAGGAAGAGCAGCGAGAUAUCCUGAGCAAAAACGUUCCCACCCCAUAGUCAAGAUGGGAAAUCGGCAACACAACUGAAUCAAUCAGCUUUGGCUGUUGUGCAUGACAAAUUGGGCCUCGCCGUGUAAUCCUGUUUAGCUAGCUCCUCAGCAGCGUCACAGCUCUAGCAUAAGUCGCUGACUAGGCUUACAAAACGCCUCGCCUGCUGGGGCUCCGCAUGAGAAACAUUUUGAGCAAGCAGACUUGCGUGACAACUACGGGGUGGGGACGUUUUUGCACAGGACACGAGAGGAGCAGGAGGCUGCGGACUGGGACGCCGUCAUCAUAUCCACACACUAUGCAAGAAAAAAACUGUGUAAGUGUAACUCUGUAAUGCAGAACAUGCAACAGAGGUACGCCUGUCAUGCCGCACAACCACGAAGUCCUCUUUUCACGAGUGUUUUCCCUUGCAAGCCACGCAUGACAGGUUGUCUCUGUUGUGUAGAGCAAAUUUGUGAUGCUGUCAGCCAAGGAAAGUUACACUAACACAGUUUUUUCCGUGGAUACACAUUCAGAAAAGUACAUCACUAGAACGCAGACAACAAGUAGAAAAAAAUAUCCUGAGUAAAAACGUACCCACACCAGAGUUGUAAUGCAGAUUUGCAAAGACAGGAAGACUUGUAAUGCGCAUCCGCAUGAGAGCCAUUUCCAGUCGUGUUUUGGGAUUUGUGAUGCUGUGAACAGGAUGAGCAGAUGAAUGCGUGAUGCGGCUGCACUUGCUAACCUGCACUAUACUGCAGAGUCAGAGUGCAACUUGUCAUGCGUGACUCACAAAACUCCUAGGUUUGUGUUGCAAAAUCCCCAUCCUGACUCUGGUGUGGGUACGUUUUUACUCAGGAUAAAAAAGGGUCUGUCAUUAUGUAUUAGAAGCGCACUUUUAAGUAGAUGUUUAUCUUUAUGUAUAUCAGCAUGAGAAACUUGCUCUUUAUUGUGGCGCCUAGCUCUACUCUAUUGAUUCAUUGUCGAGUAGAAGAUGUAGAAAGCGCAUGCCCGCCCCUGGUGGGAAGGGAAGUCGUGAGAGGGGCCUUGUGCCCAGAUGCGCUACUAGAGGUAGACGCAUCAAAUCGCGCAAACUAAGCGGCAAUACGCCGCUGCUCCUGGCGAGUGAAGAAGGGCGGCGCCCGCAAUCCUGCGCGCGAUCCCCCUACCCCUGGUGGCUGUUCUCUUGUUCUUGAAGAAGAGCCCCGCUCUGGAAGCGGGCGAGCCUUGCAGGCUCCUGGUGAGCAGGCGAGGCGCCUCGCCGUCUCUGUUGGGUGAGAUGGUGGUGGGGUUUCGGCCGGCUUAACCUGAACAGCCCAGCGCCACACCCUGCCCGACCAGCCACUCCGAGGAAGGCCCUCGGGCGUGUUGCCGCGUCGUGUGCGAAGAGGCCCGGCAUGGCGUGCCUCUCUCGGCCUUCGGCCGUAUCAGUGGGCACGCUCGCACCGCCGUAAGCCCUAGCGCCCCACGCCGCGCGCAGCAGCUGGCGGCACUUCCCGGGGAUGGACGGAAGCGGUGGGGCCUGCGCUAUUCGGGAAAGCCUUGGCGGGCACCCCCAGCCCCCUGGCGGGGCCGGCGCCGCUCUUCUUGACGAAGGGCGCACAGCAGGGCUCUGCGCCCCUUGCACCGCUGGCGGGCAAACUGCACCCGCGCGCCGCACAGAUAGCGUCCGGCCUAAAGUCAGACGACAAUUAAGGGACGCGCCCAGGUAGCGCGAAUCGGGAUCCUUUCGCCGUAGUAUAAUCAAUCUGUGUUGCCCACCUGGUGUGCGCCCUCUGAUUGGUGCUACUAUACGGAACGAGUGCAAGAGCCGGUCUGCCAAGGCCACAAACCUCCAGCGCGCUGUUCUCCUCCAGCUCUCGCCACUUGAUGUUGCGACUGCGUAGGAGGGUUACGUUUCGCCGGGCCUCCACAGCCUCGCUGUCCGGCGGGUUGCUGCAAGUAUAGCAGGGCUAAAGAGCGGGCGCCGUGUCUGUUUGAAACAAGAGCGGAUCAAAUACAAUACAAUGUAGAAAGCGCAUCGUUACAAAGACAAACGGCAUGUGCAUGUUGUCUGACGGAAUAAAGGGAAAUAAAUUGAGAUAUGUAUAAUAUACUGUGGCGCCAUCUUCAGUUCGUUGUAUUUACAGAGGUUUUUCGUGACACGAAGAUGGCGGGAUGGCAUUUUUUGCUGAUAUCACCAGUAUGAGUCGUGUAGUACUACAUGUGCCACUUUUCUGGUGGAUAGAGGAGGCAAAUCAAACAGGAGUGCGAGGACGUAUGGAGUUCUCAAACGUUACAUUCUCAACUGUUACGUGAAUUUGUCAUGCAGAAGUACAACCAUCAUCCACAAGAUCAAGCUGCUUCGCAUGACAAAUUUGCGAAGGACUAAACAGCGCCUAAAUCUGCGCGGGAUUUGUAAUGCAAUUUUUGCAAUCUCCCCCCUUUUGCUUAUUUUGCCAUUCUUGCAUUACAGAUUCAUGUAACAGUUGAGAAUGUUGUAACGUUUGAGAACGCCAUAGGACGCUCGGGACCGAGAAAGAAAGAAGUGGACGAGCCUCCUGCACGAGAUGUAUGCAUUGCAAAUAUGUCUGGGUCUGGAAGGAUGCAACUUGUGACGCUGUCUUUGGAUUCUAAAAAGAUCUGUAUUGCAUGGCCAGCAAUAGGAGUCCAGUGUGUGCGACGCGGAGAGGGCAUUUGUCAUGCGGAAUAGGCAUCAGGAAGCCCUCUAAAAAUCCGUGACGCUAGGCCAUGCAUUACAGGAAUCAGAUCACGAUUCGUGCAAAACAUGCAUGGCAAAUCUUGCUUUCUUCCAGACCCAGACACUUUUGCAGUUGAUAAGAUGCACACGAAAGCGAUCCAGGGCGAGCGGAUCUCUCUGCACGAUUACAAGCCUAGCGGCGAUCCCGAUGGCCGUAUUGUUUUCCAGAAAAAUAGCAAAAACGCCCAACUGAGGCACGACCUUUCUCUGUGGCAAAAUCUAGCAAGGCGUGCGCGCGGCAGGAUUCCCGCACACCAGCAGGCGGCGUUACUAGCUCCCGUGCUUGCAGUACGCGGGGGCGACCUGGAGGCCCUGCUUUCCGCAGAGAAGAUUGAAGCGGUUUGGAACAGUGUUUUCCGAGCUACUGAGGAUGCGACAACGAUGGCGAGGAAGUGCGGGGAAGCCGACGUCUUUAUGCAGAAUAUUUUAACCGAGCCGACUUCGGGAAUACAGACACUGCUGCAAGGCACGCAGUUUGGCAGCCUGGUGGAGCGCUAUAGUAUCGAAACAAACUUUCGAACCGUGUGCGUGGCCGCACCCUGGCGGUCAUAUCAACUGUAAAAAUGUCUGGGUCUGGAAGAAUCCAACUUGUCAUGCUGAUUUUGGAUUAUAAAAAAUCUGUAUUGCAUGAGCAGCAAAGAGAGUCUAAGUUUUGCUACACGCAGAGGGCAUUUGUCAUGCGGUAUAGGCAUCAGGAAGCCCUCACAAAAUCUGUGACGCUAGAGCACGCAUCACAGACAUCAGGAGUCAUGCAAAAUGUGCAUGACAAAGCUGGCGAUUUUCCAGACCUAGACAUUUUUACAUUUGAUAGGUCAGCAUUUCUUACCAUCGAUCUCGCACUCACCCAAUACAAAGCUUCGUAUCACAUGUAAAAAUGUCUGGGUCUGGAAACUUGUGAUGCUAGGUGGCGUCUCAUGAUGAGGCCACAAGUGCUGGCUCAGCAUGACAAGUUUCUGAGCUUCUAGGUGUUGCCUAUUCUGCAUGACAAACUGCGUUUCUGCAUCACAGAAAAGUGGAGCUCUUGGGUAGCGUGCAUGACAGAUUUAAGAGUCAUGCCAGACAAGCAUGACAAACAUGCAUUCUUCCAGACCCAGACAUUUUUACAUUUGAUACUUCGGUGCACUUUGCCAAGAAGGUGUUUGAGGACAAAAAGUUAACCCUUCACGCAACGGAAGUAGUACCGUAUGGCAUCUUCCGAGAGUGGGAGGUCGAGGAGGGUUUGGACGCACUAGUACCCCCCGGCAAGCGGACAAAAAAACUCGAGGAGCCGCUUGCGAAAGCCCAAGAGGUCCGCAAAACUUUGCGGCAGACCGCUCGACUCCCCCCCCUGACCCCCGAGGAAAAGCAAGUGCCUCCCACGGCGGAACUUUUCCAAGCUGGCACAAAGAAGGGCCCCCUGCGGACGAGUUUUGAAGCCGCAAAAAAAAUGGUGGAGGACGCGGAGAUAACGCAAAGGAAAAUACAGCAAAACUAUUUCUAUUGGGCAAACGAACAGAAGAAGUUUGUCAAAGAAAAGACGGAACGAAAUGCAGUGCUUCGCGAAGCGGAAGAACGUGCGGUCUUGCUGGCUGCCGCACGCUAUCAAAUGCAAAAAUGUCUGGGUCUGGAAGAUUGGAACUUGUGAUGCUAACUUUGGACUCUAGAAAAAUCUGCAUUGAACCAUGACCAGCAAGAGGAGUCUAGUUUGUGCUACCCGGGGAGGGCGUUUGUCAUGCGGAGUAGGCAUCAGGAAGCCCGCUCAAAAUCUGUGAUGCGCGGUCGUGCAUUACAGACAUCCUGGGUCUUGCAAAACAUGCAUAUACAAAUCUCAGAAUCUUCCAGACCCAGACAUUUUUACAUUUGAUACACACUACGAGAUAGCGGAGAUCGGGAAACGAGAGACCACAUGGGCCGCAGACACCAUAUCAAAUGCAAAAAUGUCUGGGUCUGGAAAGUUGCAACUUGUCAUGGUAAUUCAGAAUCAUGCAAAAAUCUGUGUUGCGUGAUUGCCAAAAGCUUUCCACUUUUGGCCUAUUCGAGUGGCAGUUUCUCAUGCAGGAUAGACUUGAUAGAACUCUCACAGAAUCUGUCAUGCUAUGUCCUACAUACCAGACCUCAUGGGUCAUGGAAAACCUGCAUGACAAGUCUGGCAAUCUUCCAGACCCAGACACUUUUGCAAUCCAGACACCACCCCGGAGCACCUUUUUGGGCAGUUCGUCGAGGGUUUCAGGAAAGUGCUGCAUCUCCAGGCGGAGAGCGGGAGUGCGUUUGCUGCACUUCUUUCCCAAUGGACUAGGCCGGCAGCAGAGGGGGGCCCUCCGCGCCCGCGGCUUCCCAUAUUAACGGAUGGUCAAGAACUCGACGUGCUGAGGCCUUUGCGAGUAGUAGAGAGCGACGAGGCCGCGGAAGAAGCCAAAGUUGUGGCGUAUCGGUAUCGAUUUUCCGCAUUUCCCGACCAGAAGCAGUAUCCUUGUAUGAGAUGUUAAUUCUCAUUCUCAACUGUUACAUUGUUUCCUGUUAUUCACGGUCGGCGAUUUUUACUUUUGUUUACAAUGCAAAAGCAAAAGCGAGAGCGACAGAGCAAUACCAGUACGGGGCAGUUUGCGCGUCCUCUUGCGUUGGCAUGAUUGGUGGCACGGAUGAAAAUUUUUGUGCUAUUUGGUUCAUGCCGCCAAGAACUUGCCAUGCGAAGCAGCUUGAUCGCGUGGAGGGUGGCCAAGCUCAAGGGAUAAUUCUGCAUGACAAGAAAUGUAUCAAACGUAAGAGCAGUUAGCAAUGAGUAGCAAUGCUUGAGAGCCCGCCCAUACCUUUUUUGGCAACGCUUUGCCUCCUCCGGAGUUCUCAGGACGCGAUCGGGCGAUUCACGAUGAAGUCAGAGGACGACAAGCUACUCGCACAGGACCAGUCCGCGAUAGACACGCUCUAUAACCAGUUGAAGGUGGACCCGCGCUAUCCAGUGCAAAUAAACAUGUCUGGGUCCUCCUCUGGAAGUAUGCAGCUUGUAAUGCUAGCUUUGGACUCUUCAUAAAAUCUGUAUUGCGUGAACAGCAAAAGAGGUCCAAUUUUUGCUGAGUACACACACAGGGCAUUCCUCAUGCGGUAUGAGCAUUAGAAAGCCAUCGCAGAACAACAAUUUCUGAUGCUUGGGCAUGAAUCACAGACCUUAUGGGUCAUACAAAUUCUGCAUCACAAACUCCAGCAUUGUCCCAGACCCAGACAUAUUUGCAUUUGAUACGCGCACGGAGGUUCUGAAGACCCUGACGAUGGACGUUGUGGCUGAAGAGCUUGUGUUAUGAGACGAGUGCACAAGUAGAAGUACUACUUCCCACAAUCUCUAUUUCAUCUUGAGCGGAGGUAUCAUGUGGUCAUCUAGCAACACAAACAUAAAUGAAGAUUUAGAUUUGCAUGAUUUUAUGCAUUAUAAAUGAAGAUUAGAUUAGAUUCAUUAAUUUCUUUUGGGCGACAAAUGAAAGGGGGGAGGGGGACGACGAGUUGUGCAUUUUCAUACGUGCCCGCACUGCUUCUGACCGCACUGCUUCCGGUUCCGAAACUAUUACCACGUCCUCUCGCGGCAGAUGAUGGCACUGGAAGUAGGAGUGCAGCUCUUCCGCUGCGGGAAGCGUCUACCUCGCCCGAACGAGAGGAAGGGCUACGUCGUGUACCCCGAAGCUCCUCCCGUUCUGCUCGUGGGCGUUCGAAAGCGUAUCAAAGGGAAAAAUCCCCCCACCCCAUAUCAAAAAGAAGUUUCUGAUGCUGGCUUUCAGUACACAAAUCAGAUUUGUCUUGCAGUAGAGGACUGCAGGUAUAUGCCAUCAAGCCUGAGCGGCGAUGUUUUGGCGUAGGCUUCUAGCAUGAAAAACGUCGAUGGUGUAGGCCCAACAGCAUCACAAACCGCCUGCAUAAUGCGGCGGAUUCUCUGGAUUUGCUUGCAUGCAAGACAGGCAGGAUUUGUGGUUACAAAUCCGCAUCACAGAUUUUCAGAAGGAUGCGCUUUCAAUGUGGGGAGGGGCGAUUUUUCCUCACAAUAAAGCGAAAAGUCCAUCACCAUCUCGCGACGCAGCGGAGCCGCAUGGUCGCAGCAGCAGCAGGAACGGCUCCUCUCCUUCCAGGUCACCCUCGCGGGGUCGCAAGAAGUGCUGCACCCGCCGGAGGUCUAGGUUGGACGAAACGUCGUGUACACUUUCAUAGGAUGAAAGUGUAACUGUUUUACAUUGUUGUAUAAAUAUAAAUACACGAGGAAAGCUUGCCAUGGGCGGCCCCAUAGCAUGCUGCUUCGGAUACGCAACACAGUACUUAUUUUUGCACGUACAAAUAUGACCUUCCAGCUUUUUCUCUGGGAUAAGUGGCAGUUGGCGACCAAGGAGCCGGUAUGUUUUGAAGAGGAUUGAAAAAGGAAAACAGCGUAAGUAGGCUGUUAGGAACAACUGCGCGGAUCGUGGUGGGCCUACAAGAAUGAAUUCGAGUUUUUAAAUUUGUAUUGUUGAGAUGUAAAAAGUCAAAGCUUACAGGACUUUCUCCUAGUUGCUGCCAUAGAGUAUAUCAUAAACCAGCAGAUGCAGAAGCUUUAUUAUAAUGAUAAAGCCUCGGCGGGAGGUGAUGAUUUACGCUUUGUUUGUUCCUUCACAAGUAGUAUGUAUAGACAAGAAGAUGUAAAAAGUAGUAGUAGAUGUAUAAAAUUAUCAAAACUGCACCCCUACCCCAACUUGGUACUUCAACGCAACAUCUAUUUUACAGGAAACAAGAUAGCAUCGAAUUUGAGAAGUACCCACUUCAGGUGAUGUUUUACGAGACCUCUGUAGCGAAGCCUCUUUAAAAAUUUUUGGCCUGCCUAGUUUACUAUAACCCACUUCGUGUGUUUAAAGAGACCUGAGUAGCAAAGCCUUUUGAAAAAAGAACACACUGACAAAUCUACUUGAGUUCUAACACCGGCGCACUCCGCGGCCCCGUCGCGUGGUCAAGAAUUUACAUAUUGAAAGUUGUAUCUCAGCAGUUGUGCAGCUUUACAGUAGUAGAACACCGCGCUGGGGGUAGGUUUUUGGUACGCUUUUUCGCUACAGUUUUGAGAUCUUUUGAACAUACAACUAGUUUGGUGAGGUCAUUUUCUUUUUUGUUCAGUCGCGGCCGAUGGUGGAGGUGCCAGUCUGUCAGAAGGGCACUCCACUCGUCGUCCGCCACUGAUUUUGCAGGCCACCAGGGGAGGAGAACAACUACAGUCCACCAAUGGAGGGCUACAGCCCACCAAUAGACUACAGUCUACGACUGGUGGAGUGCAACUACAGUCCUCACGAAUGGACCGUCUAAGACCAAAAUUAUGAAAGCAAGCCGAGCGCUGAUUUUCUUGGAUCUUUCUGGUCUGUUGUCGGCGCACGGGAAAAAAAAUUGGAAAAAAUCUUCUAACGAACCUGUCUCGACGCAGACGGGAACAGGAACAACGUGGUCACAUACUAUCAUUCGAUAUUAUCGUGCGGACGAAUUGGAAGAUAUUUUUUGCUGCAGAUAUGCAGGCGCGGGUGGCAAAAAUUGCAACAAAAAACCUCCAGCUCUCGACUAGGGGC